ACAUAAUAAUCACAAGUUUCCAAAGGUAAGUUCGCCUGCGAGGAAAAAAAACGAGAAUAAAAAGCACUUUCUGACUGGAAGAGAGGAGAAGAGCUCCUUCCUCCUGCCAGCAGCGUGGAGGGGAGAAGAAAAGGAGGAGAGGAGCGGCUUUUUUUUCUUUUAAUUUUUCAAACAGGAGGAACAAUAAAUGCUUCAUCCUCCAGGCGCUGUUGGUUCUGCAGCUUUACUCCCUUGUUUUUCCGCCUUUCUCAACUUUUUGUCAAAGAGGUGAAAUCUGUCGGCUAAACUUCAACGAGGCGCUUUGAUGUCUGAUCAGAACUCCUGCUAAAUAAAAAUAAAGAGUGAGUGAGCCUCCAUUUACAAAGAUAAAGACCAAACAUUUUUGAUUCGUUGAUGUAUCUGCAGUUUAGUCCUAGAGCAGCUUUCCUCUUCCAGGUGGAGUGUCCGGGGUCACUGACUCCGUGUUUGUUGGCUCUGAUUUGUGGUGGGAGARUCCCAGCAGCUCAUUGUGCUUCUCUACCAGCUGGGACUCAAACCAGUCUGAGGAGGAGACACGUUUACUGAGCCCAGAGACAUUAGGUUCAUUUCACCAAACAAGAUCUUCUUUAAAUGUACAGAUGAAAACAUCUUAAAAAGCUCAUGAUCCCUGAUGCCCUCCAUCCUGUGAACCUCYACAGGGGUCAUGGCCGUUAACGGAGGGACGGUGGAGUGUCUGGAAGAUGUUCCAGCUGUUGUGUGGAAAAGUUUGCCGGAUUAUCUGAAUCUUGGGCCGUCGGCUGUGAAUCAAAGCCGUGUUGGUGUCUGGGCCACAAAAGUCAUCCCAAAAGGGAAGCGUUUUGGUCCGUUUGUUGGAGAGAAGAAAAAGAGGUCCCAGGUGACCAGUAAUGUCUACAUGUGGGAGGUUUAUUUCCCAGCACGGGGAUGGAUGUGCAUCGAUGCCACGGAUCCCACAAAGGGGAACUGGCUCAGAUAUGUGAACUGGGCUCGUUCCAGUAAAGAGCAGAAUCUUUUCCCACUGGAGAUCAACAGAGCCAUUUAUUACAAAGCUUUGAGGCCAAUCAGGGCGGGCGAGGAGCUGCUUGUGUGGUACACGGUGGAAGACAACCCCGAGAUAACAGCUGCACUGGAGGAAGAAAGAGCCAGCAGUCUGAGCAGGAAAAACUCACACAGGGCGAAGCGAG